UCUCGCGUCUUGGAUGAGCGUCGUCGUGCGACGCGCGCGCACCUGUCACUUGUCUUCGCAGUGUCUGCCUGGACACGCACCUAGCCGAUACGUCCUGCCCGCGGGCUAUCAUCUGUGCUUUUUAUUUCGUAAUGUAGGCGGGAAUCGCGCGCUCGUUUGUGACCCUUGUGUUCGUCGACAUGUGAGCUGACCAGGACAAAAAAAAUGAAUGAUCAUCAAGCAGAGAAGAUGGUUUUAAAAAACCCUAAAAAACCACCUUUGAAACGUUUAAUGGUCCAAAGUAACGUUGCCAUUCCUCAUGACUGUAUAAGUGGGCCAGAAGGUCUUCUCUCAUUUUCUGACAACUGUGGCUACAUGAAACAGUGCAAUCUACAUCAUUCACAUUCUAUGCAAAAGGCUUCCCAAAAAGAUGUCUUGUCUGGAAGAUUGUCAAACAAUGUGUUAAGGCAUAGAAGCUUCAAAUACCCGAGCUAUACAACUCAUGAAUGUACAAAUUCAAGAACAUCUUGUCAGAAAGCAUCAGAGAACUGCAGGUUUUGCACUGGAUACUCAGAAGGUUCUGAAGAAGAUCUACUUCCAUUCCAUUAUAGUAAAGACAGUGCUCUACAGGCAUCAGCUUCUGUUAAGGUUGAUGUUCAGAUGGAGACUGAUUUAGUAAACUGUAAAGUACUGGACUCACCUCAGGAACUUUCCAUGACUGAUGUUGUAGAACAAGGUUCUUGUGAUUCCAGGCAGAUGGAGAGUAGGAAAAAUGGCAACUCACUGAAUGCUUUUCCGUUAGAUCCAUCUACAUAUGAAACAUGUGCAUCUGUUCAGUCAGGAUCAUCUUCCAACCUUCAUCAUUCAUUAAUCAAUUCUUCAAAUGCUUGUCAUAAUUUGCCUCAAGGGUACAGAAAAUGUCAGCCUUCGAGCACCUGUGAAAAUCAACGUAGUCACCUUUCUAAGACAGUUUUAACAGAUGAGAGUCACUCACAUGAAAGCAGUACUGUUGAUUUUCUGCAUUCUGAGACAAUGACGACUUCCAUGUCCUGUUGUGUUGUGCACCAGUGUGCUGUGGGACACACAUUUAGUGGAAGGCCAUCAUCUUCUUGGGGAAGAGAAAGCAGUGUCCCUGAACCUUUGGAAUUUCCUAACAGGCCCAUAAGAAUGGCUCAGUCAUCCAAGGCAUAUUCAUUUGGAAAGCAAGAUCUUCAGACUCCUGGUAGCACUGUUGCAGUGUCAGUUGUGGCCUCUAUAGCUCAUGAAGGCCAGAGAAGAUUUCUUCCCAGCCCCAAAAAGAUAAGGGGAUGUUUUGAGGGACAGUUGGAUCAAGUUAAUGCAUCACUUGAGUGUAUGCUCACACCAGAGCUAGAUGCCAAUGACCUAAAUAUGCAUUUGCAGGGGAGGUUCUGCAGCUUUCAAGGGAGUCUGAAAAGUGCUGUUCUCAAAAGCCCUUCAGACUCAUCACAUGUUGGUUCACAUCUACAUACAGCAUCAUACACUGAUGGUAAUCUUCUACAUAAAAAUGAGCAAAAGGUGAACAGUGCCAGUCUUUAUGUCGACUUGAAAAGAAGCAGCAGCGUGGGCAAAUUCAAUCUCACACCUUUCUCCUCUAGAAGGUAUGGACUGUCACUUAAAAAGAACAGUUAUCAAAAUGGGAACAUGAAUGACCCUGUCUGUUUUAAGACAGAAGGAGAUGGACAAAAAAGGCAAGGCCACUUGCCACUGAGAGAGACUAGAUUGGAUAGAUAUCGGCAUCAUAUCUCAGUCAGCUCUUCCAUUAGCUUUCAAACAAAUGAUAGAAUGGAUGAAAAAAGGCAUGGCAGGGAGAAAAUAGUGCAAAAAGGCCCUCACAGUGAAAGCCACAACAGUUUACAGUCAUUUCCUAAUCUAGUAAUGAUGCCAUUAAAUUAUUCUACUGAAAGUACAAAAGAAAGGUUUCUAAAGCCAUACAGACAACAGCUGCUUUACAGAUAUUUCAAUGCAUGGAAAGACUAUGUCAUACUAAGAGAUGCUGCUGCUAGGUUUGUGAAUGAAAGCCAUCUUCUGCGCAAGGGGUUGGCAGCUUUGCAAUGUGCUGUACAAAUCCGCCACAUGCAAAUGAGUAGCGUUGCUGCAAGAAAUAGGAAGAGGAUCUUAACAGCUUACUUUAAGUUGUGGAAGUUUGCAUUUGCUGAGUGUCAACAACACGGUGACUAUCCAUUCCAGUGCCUUUCAAAUCAGGACUGUCAUGUAAGAGAACUAAGUCGGUCAACCAACAAUCAGUUAUUCAUCAAUCCUACUACCACAGAGCAAGUGAACUGCAAUGUUAGUACAACAUGUAUGAAAAUGGCAGAAGCACACCACAGUGUGACACUCCUGUCAAAACACUGGAUUGUGUGGAGAAAGGCCAUGAUUAAAAACAGCCAGAGAAAUCAACAGGAAAUCUUAGCUCUUGUUUAUGAAGGAUACAACUUGAAAAGGAUGGCAUUUUUGACCUGGAUGGAACAUUUCUAUAAAAAAUGGCUGGCCACGCGUCAUCAUAGACGUGCUCUACUUUCCUGUGUUUUCAAGGUCUGGUGUACUCAAGUGCGGGAUGCUCAGGUUGUACGACAAAUACAACUCCAACAGAGUAUCACAUUUUACAGGAAUGUCCUGAUAAGAAGGAGUUUUCAGCUUUGGUCACAGACACUCACUGUGAAAAAAACUUUAGAGAAGCACCGAUGUCGAAUAGCAAGAAAGUUCAUAAUCCGUUGGAUACAGGCUGUCUGUAGGAAGAAACUGAAAAAGAUGCAGUUGAUGGCUACCCAGCAUCUGAAGAGGAAAAGGCUGGAAAAUGCAUUAAGAAUAUGGCAGUUGGUAAAGGAAAAGAAAGGAGCUGAAAAAGCUCAAAUGAAAGAGUGCUGGAGACUUCUGGAAAGAAACAAAAUGAAGGUAGCUUUCAGAGUCUGGAGGGAAUGUUAUUGUGAAAGACAGAGGUUGCAGCCACUGAUCUCAAUUAUUCGAAAAAGACGACUGUCAAGUUGUUUCCAGAGCUGGAGAGAAGUUGUGCUUCAAAAAUAUAUCGCCUUUCGUCAUUGCAUUCAGCUUCAAAGAUUAACAGUAAAGACAUGUUUUAUCCAUUGGAGAUGGCUCCUGAAGCUUCAGUAUUUACAAAAAGUUUUCAUCUUGAGAACAGCAGGAAGAAGAGAGCAGCAAACCACCAACUGCUCUAGAGGAUUUCCACAAGAAUUGUUGAACAGAAGUGUGAAGACAUUGCAUGAUCACUUAUUGCUUCAGAAGGCUUUCCGUAAAUGGAAAGAACAAUGCCAGAAGCAAUUGGGACCCAGCUUCCUGUUUCCAGAGGAUAAUCAAUGCAGAGUACAAGCAGUACUUACACGCUGGCACACUUUAACAAAGGAAGCUUUGGAAGGCAGAGCUGUAAGAUCCAUCACUAAAUUAAGCAGAACUACUACUACUUUAUCUUUACUGGAUGUGUCCACCAUGUCAUUGGGGUUUUAUAGCACCUCACCAAAUCGCGUUCCUUCCAAAAUUACUCCUGGUUUUAAAGAGGUCUCCACAUCUGCCACUAAAGAAAAUGAAGUAAUAUCUGCAGUGCUACUUCAGAAGACUGUUUCUGAUCAAACACUCCAACCUUGUGAUCCUGUGGUACUGGCCGGCCUGGACAAGAUGUGCAAUGAUCUCAAGAGAAAACUGGAGAUCCGCAAAUUGCACUGGUGCUUCUUCCAUUGGUUUGCAGAGAUGUACAACUUCCAAAAUGUAACAUUUCAUCAUCAACGUACUCUGAUGUCAAGAAUGCUUGCAAACUGGCGGACUCAGACAAAGAUGAGGAUAACGAGAAGAAAACUCCUGGGCUUAUUUCAGUGCCAAUCACAGCUGAAACUCUUGACAUCGUAUUUCAAAGAGUGGUGUACAAAACUAAUGAGAAGUCAAAGAAGACAAUGCACCCUUCAGCUUUCUAUUCUCAAGCUUCAUCACUUUCAGCAAGCAACCUUUUUCCACAGAUGGAGAAUGGCCACCAGAGGGAGGCAAACUCACAAGAAGUACUGUCAACUAAUCAUCACACAGGCAUUUUGCUGGUGGAAAAAAGUAGCGAUCAGCAGCAAGAAAGUUUGGCACAUUGUACAGCAGAGGAGAAUAGCAAGUUUGAGGCUAUACUUCAUUUAUUGGCACAUUAAAUUUAAAGAAAGCAAAGACCUACAGAUGAAGACCAAAGUGUUUUGUAUUAGCAGAAAUAAACACAGAGUGUCUCAAGCUUUUUCAGUGUGGGUAACUUGCUAUCUGAGUCAGUGUAAUGCAGAUAAACUCUACCAGAGACAUUUAUUACGAAGAGUAUUUUUGCAGUGGCAGAACUUUAUUUGCAACUUGAAACAGCGCCUAGCAUAUGGCAACAAAAUCAUAACUGCCCUACAAGUAAGGACAAUCUUUAGUAUGUGGAGAAAGCAGGCAGACAUUGUUCCUAAGAGAAGACUUUUAACUCUCAAGAUCACUCAGACUCAACAGGUCAACCUAUUGAGGUCAAUUCUGACAUCAUGGAGUCAGCUGGUAUUGUCUAAAAGACAUCGUGUUCAAUACCUCAGCAGAAAAUAUUUUACUCGAUGGGCUCUAGUAGCCUUGGGACCCCAACAGGAGGAUAUGACAGAAAACCUCCAGAAUCGGAGCCAGAGAAAAUUUAGAACUUACCUUAGCAAAAAGUACUUUAUGAGGUGGAGGCAUGAAUCUCUGCUGCAGCAGUAUCAAAAGAGAAAGGUGGUGCAGAUAACAAUAAUGGCUUGGAACCAGUGGAAGGAAGUUACUGAAGCAGAGCUUUUCAUUAAAAACAUUAAUGAACGACAAAAGUUAGACAAAGCCUGGAUGGAAUGGCGGAAGAGGUUCAUUCAGAUUCAGGUCGUUCAGAAUUUCAUGGCUAAACAACAGAAAGCACUGCUGUUUGAAGCUUUCUCUGCAUGGUGCAGUCUGGUUUAUCCACAGAAGGUUAAAGAGAAGCCAUUGGGAUAUGUCCAUACCAGUAUGCAGGGGUACACAAGAGAAGGUGAAACAGAACAAGUGAAUAUCUUACAACAGCAAAAAAAAUCCAAGGGUGCAGAAGACAGUGCUUUUGUUACUUUAUCUCAUGUAGCAUCUUAAUCAUAAACAUUUAAACCAAACAAAUACAGCUUGUUCCAUCUGCACCUUGCAUCUGUAAGAGUUAAUGGACAAGCAUUUUAAAUUUUUAGAGAGACCUUCAAGGUUUCUCUGUUUGAUAGCUAAGUGGCUACUUUCUGGAGAACUUUGAAAAUGAAGAGUCAGUUAAAUAUAUUGUCUUCCUCUGUGCCAUCCUAUGCAGGAGUCUCAUGUGGGGAAAAAGACAAAAUGCACUAAAGGUCAACUUUUUCUAUAUUGUUUGUAGCUGUUUGCUGCAACUGUACUGUAUCUUUCUGUGCUCUGUCUGAGUUUUGCGACAUUUUUAUUAAAUUUAGUAUAAAAAAAA